GUUUACACCAAUAUGGUUUACACUAAUAACAAACACUCCCUCUUGGCAUUCUUUUAUCUAAUACCUCACAGACCAGUUAGACUACAUUUUUUUAUUCAAACCAACUCCCUACUCUUUUCCUGUCGUAUUUGCUACAACAUGAAACGACAUAUGGACUUUUAAAAAACAUCACAAUUUCUAUAUUCUAUAUUCCUGUGGAAUAAUCAAUGGAUUUUAUGUUGGCACUGACUCUACCGACAACUCAGGAGAUUCCUAAUCAAUUGAAAGCCUUUUCACGCUGUUCUCAUAUCCAUCAGUGUUAUCCUUCUCAGGUAUAUCGGGAAAUGAGUUUUACUCUGUCCGUACUGCUGCUUCAGUUACUGUCUGUGAGCCACUCAGUAUCUGCUUCGGUUUUGGAUGCUUCAACUGGAAACUCUACAGUGUAUAGGAACAGAUUGAAAGGGUCUACAAUCAGCUCCCUCUCCCUCUCAUUCUCAGCAGCUCACUACUGCUUUAAACCUGAUGCUGUUUCAACAUUCAUCCUUUUAGAUGUCAUCCAAAAAUACACUUUGAGGAGUGGUUCUAUUGAACUCAUUGGACAGGUCCCAAAUGUGCUUGUUGAGUCAGUCAUGUGGACACGCAACAAAGACAAAGUUGCAGAUUGGGAUAAGGGAGACAUGACGCCAACAUAUUAUCCUACAUUAGAUAAGACUGAACUCAACAUGGACACAUGGGCUCUGACCCUCUCUGACCUGCAGCCUACAUGUAAUGGUCAAUAUGCACUUCAGAUCAAUGGUAUAGAAACAGCCUCGUCUUUUCAACUGAUUGUACUAGAAUCUGUUUCUGGGCCAAACAUCAGCCCAAACUGUGACCUGAGGAGCUGCAACUUGACCUGUCAAGGAGCAGGUAUUGAUCACACUGAGUACAGCUGGACUGAUAACCGAGGGAGAAACGAGAGAGGAUCUGUGCUUAAGGUGGAGAAGACUAAGGCACUCGACAGGGUCUACACCUGCAACUUCAGCAAUCCAGUGAGCUGGAAAACAAGCAGCGUCAGAGAGAGAGAGCUGUUCCCUCCAGAAAAUACAGAUGCUAACCUGCAUAUCAUCCUGGGAUCUAUCGUGGGAUCUAUCUUGGGCGGGGCUGUCCUGAUAAUCAUAGCUGCAGCAACUGGAAUUGCAGUGUACAAAAAGAGAAAUGAAGCAAAUGGAGAGGAAGAAACUAGGAGGGCCCAGCUGUCACAACAGCCAUUACAACAACAGCCACUACAACAAGCAAUUCAAAUGUCACCAAUUAAAAAUCACACUCAGGAUGGAGAAGGAGAUGGAGAAGACAAACAACAUGAAACCCAGAAGCUCCUGUCAGCACCUGAGGGAAAUAGACCUAAUGGAGAAGAUGCUCAGGAUGGACCAGAGCCAGCAUCAGCAGAUGAAGAGGACUGUAUAUGAAAAUGUAGUGCUACCACCACAGGGAAAUGAUGGAGAUGCUGUACUGUAUGUGAGGUGAAUGCAAUGCUAUAAAAGAGCCAGAUCCAUUGAGGUUCAUUACCCAAUAUUUAAGUACCGGUACUGUUAAGUAUCAAAGACUUGACCCACGUUUUCAAAGUACUGUAUUUCAAACAGUGGUGUGACAUACAAGCACCAACAAAGGGAUGUUGUCCUGUGAUUUGUCCUGCUUUGUUGAACAAUACCAAAGGUGCUAUUUCUGUUCAGAACUGGAUUUAUUGUCACGCUAGCUGUGGAUGCAUGAAAGAUGGACCUCAUGAAAUUCACACACUAUACACUUUUCUAAAAUAGCUAGAUUUGUGCCCAGUAUGACCUCUUGUAAACUUUUAGUAGGGAGAGUGACUCUUAAAUGAUUUCAAGAUUAUGUGCAAUGAAACAACAAUGCAACAAUGCCCAAACUCUUCGUGAGGAAGGGUCAGUAUUACAUGCUGCAAAUGCAAACAAAAGUGUAAAACGCAACGUCAGUGUGAGGUCACAUCUGAGGAGCGAUGGGCUGAGGCUCUCCCCAGCGGAGCAGCCACGGAGUGACCAGAAACCAGGCAAGAGCGCAAGAGGGUCAGAGGGCGUCCAUUACCCAGGAGGUCUUCUUAUAGGACCACCCAUUACUCCCAGCACCAAUGGGCACACUCCAUGAUCUGCAGAUUGAUAACAAGGCAGCACAGACCAAAGGGCAGAGCCCCAACAGGCAUUAGAAAAAGUGUGAUACUAGGAAUGACUAGCAGGGCCUUAACAGUAUCAGUAUUGUAUGAAGGGUCAGUUACAUGCUGCAAAUGCUGAUGUCAUCACAUUAAUGAAGAAUGAUUUAGAAUAUACAUUUGUGUGACACAACGGGGCUUUAUUUCUUAAAGUGUGCUAGUUCAUAUACAUAUUUAAAAUGUAAGAUUUUUUAAAUGUGUACACUUGUAAGUUAUUAUUAUUAUUGUAUAUUCUUUUAUUUUGACAUGAUUUUCUUUUAUCCUUCCAGUAUU